UUCUGCUGUCGGCGUCGGACGUGUUUAAUUUGCUGUUGAAAAUCUAUUAAUAAAUAAUAACAGCCGACAAUAAAAACACAAAUUGUGCAAAAGCACAUUAAAUAGAAAUAAAUUCUUGAGCUAAUCGACUUGAAUGUGUGAAAGACAAAACUCUUAAGCUAUGAUUGGAGAGCCCUAUCAAAUCGAGACGCGCCGGCGUUCGCGUUCAAAGACGCCGUUCCUGCACUCCGACUGCGACCAAGACAAUUGUGAGCGUGCCGGCACAGAGGGGCAUAUGAAUCACAAGAAGAAGAAACAGUCUGUGGCGCCCAAUGUGCAAACCAUUAUGGAGGAACACGUGGUCGAAACAAAGAUAUCGAAGACAACUAGCAGCGGCAGCAUCAGCAGCGCCACCAUCACCAAAAGCGACGCCAUUAAAACCACUCGCUCAAAGGCUGCGGCACAGCUGACCUCGGACUAUUCGAGCGAGGAUGCAACGCCAGAGCCUAAACGCAAGGCUGCCACGGUGACCACCAUGAUCACCAAUACCGGCAAGCGCUUCAACGAUGCCCUCAACAGCCUGACCGCUGUCACAUCGACGCCGCGCAGCGAGUUGGAGACGGCACAGAAUGUCUUGAAUACCACACAGGAGUUGCAUCAACAGCAGCAGGAGCAGCGCAAAAGUCGCACACGUUCCAAUGGCAAUAGCAAGGCUAAUUUAAGCGAUGAUCAUUUGGCCUACAUCGAGUACAAAAAUGCGGGCGAGUACUGGAACAAAACACCGAAAACUGAUUAUACGUAUUCAGAACUGUCGCCACAUCGGCGCCAACUGGCACCGGGAAUCGUCGCAAUGCCGAACAUGUCACGUCGCAGCCUGGAGCAUCAUGAUCAGCGCGUGAAUUAUAUGGUCAAUCGUGAUCCAGCUCAGGAGGAGUUCAUACGCCGUCGCUAUCAGGCGAACUAUACGCACUUGAAUUACGACUCGGCCGACGAGGUGGACGACACACAGUUCGACAAGCAGGUGCAGAGCUGGUGGCUGCUGCGCAUCAUCACCACCAUCGUGAGCAGCAUCAGCAGCGUGUGGACCAGCAUUGCGAACAUAUCGGAAACGGAAUCGAGCGCCUAUCAGAGCUACUAUGCCAAGCGCGAUCGUCAGCCGAAGCACGGCCUUAUUGCCUCCAGCCUGUUGAGCUUGAUGCGUCACAUCUACAUCGGCAUCGCCUCGGUGCUCAGCCUGGACACUUGGCUGCUCAGGUCCAACAAUGCGGAGAACAAGUGGAAGAAGCGUUUCUUGCUCUCUCUGCUCCUACUGUUGCCAGUACUGAUGGUAGUGGGUUGGCAGCAGUUGCCGGAGCAGCAGCGCUUGGAGAUGGCGCAUCGCACUGAGGCGCUGCUGCCUUUGCCUCUGACGGCCUAUGCCUCGCUGCGUGGGCGAUUGUUGCAGGCUGGGGCUGCUUUGAUGGCGCUGUGGCUGCCACGCGAGCAGCAGGAGGCGGCUGCCAUUAGGCUCAAUAUGGAGCAAGUGCAGCAGAGCAUGCAGAAGUCGCUUACCCCGGAGGAGUAUGAGAACAUAUUGAAUCAUGUGAACAGCUAUGUGCAGCAGCUGGUGGAGCUGAAGCUGCAGCAGCAAGCCAAAGAGCAGCAGCAACAGCAGCAACAAUUGUCGCCGCAACAGAUACAGAUCAUAGUUAAGCUCAUGCGCGAGAAUCUGCAGCAGUUUCCGGAUCAGCGGGCGCAGCUCAGUGAGCAGCAGCUGGCUGACUUGGUGCUGCGCUUAAAGCUGGAACUGCAGCAGUCGGGCGAGUGGCAGGGGGGACAGGUAAAGCUGACGUCCGCACAGCUGCAGGAGAUCACGCGCUUGGUCAAGGCCGAGUUCAAUCUAAAGGAAGAGCACUACACGCUGCUGCUGGAGCGCAUCGACUUGGGUGCGCUGCUCGAGCGGCUGCUGGGCUCACCAGAGCUGGCAGAAUUUGUCGACGCACGCAUCAAUCUGGGACUGCAGCAGCAGCAAGCCAAGGAGGAGGGCUCGGGCCAGUCGAAUGCGGAUCAGCAAAUCGAGCAGCUAAACAGGGAAAUUGCAUUCAUCAAGCUGGCGCUCUCAGACAAGCAGAUGGAGAACGCCAAUCUGCAGCAGUCCAUCAGCAAUCUGAAGCUCACGCAGGACGAUUUGCUGGCGCGCAUGCAGCAGCACGAGCUGGCACAGGAUCAGCGCUUCAGCGGCCUCCUCGCCGAGAUCGAGGCCAAGCUGGCGGCCUUGAAUGAGUCGCAGUUCGCGCUGCUCAACAAGCAGGUGAAGCUGACGUUGGUCGAGAUAUUGGGCUUCAAGCAGACGGCGGGCGGCAAACUGGAUGAUGUGGAUCUGCAGAACUGGGUGCGCAGCAUGUUCGUGGCCAAGGACUAUCUGGAGCAGCAGCUGCUCGAGUUGAACGAGAAGACCAACAACAACAUACGCGCGGAGAUCGAACGCUCCAGCCUCGUCCUGAUGAGCGACAUUAGCGAGCGGCUCAAGCGCGAGAUCCUGCUCGUUGUGGAGGCCAAGCAGAAUGCCAGCUCCCAGUCGCUGAAGGCGCUCAUGCACGACGAUGAGGUGCGCAACAUAGUCAAGUCUGUGCUGGCCGUCUACGAUGCGGAUAAAACGGGCCUGGUCGACUUUGCCCUGGAGUCGGCGGGCGGGCAAAUUCUGUCCACGCGCUGCACCGAAAGCUAUCAGACCAAAUCGGCACAGAUCUCCGUCUUUGGCAUUCCGCUCUGGUAUCCCACCAAUACGCCCAGGGUGGCCAUAUCGCCCAACGUGCAGCCCGGCGAGUGCUGGGCCUUUCAAGGAUUUCCCGGAUUUCUGGUGCUGAAGCUCAACUCCAUGGUUCACGUCACGGGCUUCACGCUGGAGCACAUACCCAAGAGCUUGUCGCCUACAGGGCGCAUUGAUUCGGCGCCACGCAACUUUACCGUUUGGGGACUGGAGCACGAGAAGGAUCAGGAUCCGGUGCUGUUCGGUGAGUAUGAAUAUCAGGAUAACGGUGCCUCGCUCCAAUUCUUUCCCGUACAAAACAUGGACAUCAAGCGUUCCUACGAGAUCGUCGAGCUGCGCAUCGAGUCGAAUCAUGGCCAACCGGACUAUACGUGCCUGUACCGCUUUCGUGUGCACGGCAAGCCGCCACCCUCCUCAUAGAUACCUAGGAGCUUAGGCUCCACCUCAGUCAGGUGUACAUAAUGUCAGUGCCUUAAAAAGGAAACUUUACAAUACUUACAAGCAGAAGAACUAGAA